AUGGAAGAUGACUUUCGCCGCGCCUGCGCCAGCUUUGCUGGCCGUGCUUUGCACGGUUACCCCUACCAACCACACUUCGGAGGCAUUGGUGGAAAGGCAGCUGCGAAGGGUGUAGGGCCUGCUGGCCGUACUCUCUGCAUCCAUGACUGCGAUGCUUGUGCCGGAAAUGCACAUCCUCACCCUGACAACUCGAGAUGUCCCAGCUGUGGGCAUGCAUGGUCGACCUUGGAGCCCCUACCGCGAUGUGCUCGUUGCAGCCGCAUCCUGAUGGAUUGCGACGACUGCCUUGAGAGACUUCCGGAACUGGAGUCGUACUGCCGGUUCUGCCUCACAGGUCGAUACACGCAGACACUUCCCAUCGCCCUUUUCGUGGAACGCCCUCAGGGCGGUGCUGGAUUCUGGGUGACUUGCAGGCACCUCUCGGGUGCCGAGGUUCUCACCAUGCAAGUGGACGAGGACUCCACGGUGGCCCCUGUGCGAACCGCUGUGAAUCAGAUGCUGCAGCAGCAAGAUGGCAGCACUGCUGGGCAAGAUGCCCCAACGGAGGAGCAGCUGCUGGAGUGGGGUGCAUGGCACCGAGAGAUUCACGUGGCAGCUCUGACGCCGUGGCAGACGACCACCAUAGCUCCGCCGCCCCAGGCCUCAUUUCACCAUCGCGUGGUUCUUGUCGCCAACCGCCGCGAGUUGCGCGAUGAGGAUACUCUGAUGGAGCUGAUGCGUCCCGAGACAGGGGGCCGGAGAUCGUCACCCUACCCGUAG